AUGCUCCGCUCCACCAAAGGCGCCUCCAAGGCGCGGCGGGACCAGAUCAACGCCCAGAUCCGCGCCCUGCGCGACCUCCUCCCGCUGCCCGACGGCGACCGGCCGCGCCUCUCCUACCUGCACGUCAUGGCCCUCGCCUGCAUCUACACCCGCAAGGGCGCCUGCCUGCGGCCAGGCCCGACCCGGGGAGCGCCCCUGGAGCUGCUGGGGGGACCGGAGCUCGCCGACCUGGUGGCAUCGCUGCCCGGGUUCCUGCUGGCCGUAACCCGCGAGGGGAAGCUGGUCGGGGUCACCGACAACGUGGCGCAGCACCUCGGCCACUCCAUGGUGGACCUGGUGGCACAAGGGGACAGCAUCUACGACCUGCUGGACCCGGCCGAUCACCCCCUGGUGCGGCACCAGCUGAGCCUGCCCGGGCCCCCCCAGGCAGAGCGCCUCUUCCGCUGCCGCUUCACCACCUCCCGCGCCUCACGCCGGCCGAGCGCCGGCCGCAAGCUGGUGCUGCUGCGGGGACGCUUCCAGGACCCCCCCGGGCCCCCCGGUGCCACCCCCGGGCUCUUCGUGGCCUUCUGCGCCCCCCUUGACCCCCCGCCCUGGCCCUGCCCUGACUGCCUCCUGCUGCCGGCCUUCCAGAGCCGCCACGCCCGCGACCUCGCCCUGCUGGACAUCUCCGACAGUGUCCUGGUCCACCUGGGCUAUGGCCGUGGGGAGCUCCUGGGCCGCUCCUGGUACCGCCUGCUGCACCCCGAGGACCUCGGCCACGUUGCCCGCCAGCACCUGCGCCUCGCUGGUGCAGGGCCGGAGGCGCGGGGGGAGGUGGUGACACGGCUGCAGCGCAAGGACGGCCUGGGCUGGACGUGGGUCUACGCCCGGCUGCGCCCUGAGGGGCCGGCCCUGCUCGCCCACAACUUCGUCAUCAGUGAGGCUGAGGCCUGGUGCCUGCGGCAGCAGCUGGCGGCCGAAGCCCCCCCAGGCCCCCCAGAGCCAUUCGGGCCCGGCCUCAGCUUCCCCGGAGCUGGACAGGACCUCGGGGCCGGCACCGGGCCCAGCAUCGACCUCGGCGUGGGGCCCGGCCUGGGCGAUGACGUCGGAGCCAACGUUGGCCUCGGCCUUGGGGUCAGCGUCGGGUGUGGCCUUGGAGCCGACGUCGGACACAGCCUGGGAGCCGCCCUAGGCGCCGGCGUGGAGCCCGGCCUGGGAGCUGGCGUUGGGCCCGGCCUUGGGGCCAGCAUCGGACACGGCCUGGGAGGCAACGCCACGGCCACCGUUGACCCCGGCCUUGGGACUGGCGUUGGACCCGGCCUUGAGGCCGCCAUUGGACACGGCCUUGGUGCCAAUACUGCGGCCACCACUGACCCCGGCCUUGGGACUGGAAUCGGACACGGCCUCGGAGGUAACACCGCGGCCACUGUUGACCCUGGCCUUGGGACUGGCGUUGGACCCAGCCUUGGGACUGGCAUCGGACACGGCCUGGGAGGCAGCACUGCGGCUACUGUUGACCCUGGCCUUGUGGCCGGCGUGGCACCGAACGUUGGCCACGCUCUUGGAGACACUGUUGGCCACAGCCUCGGCUCAGACACCGGCAUCGGCCUCGGCGUGGGAAGCGGCAUCAGAGUGGACGUUGGGCUGGGCGUGGCGGCCGGAGCCAAUGUGGGCCCCACCCUCGGGGCUGAUCUCGGAGCCGCCCUCGGAGCUGGGGACGACAUCGGAGCCACUGGCGGGGCUGAGGUGGCCCCGGGCAUCGGGGCGGGAGUGGCCCUCAGCAUCGGCGCCAACAUCGGGCCCAGCCUGGGCGGCAGCGCCAUCAGGGCCAGUGUCGGGCUGGGCAUCGGCGCCACUGUCGGCCCCACGCUGCCCCCGGACAUUGGAGUGACUGUUGGGGCCGGAGUCAGUGCCGGGGUCGGCCUUGGCCUCGGUGCCAACGUUGGAGGCGGACCUGGAGUUGGACUCGGCCUUGGAGCCGCCCUCGGAGCCAACGUGGGCUCAACUCUUCCGUCUGGUGCCAGGCCCGGCGUGGGACUGGCCGUGGGCGCCACCGUGGGAGCCAACGCCAGCUCUGGCCUCGGACACAACAUUGGACUCACCGUCGGGGCUGGUGUCAGCUCCGGCCUGGGACUCGCUGUGGGAGCCAACGUGGGCUCCGGCCUCAGCUCCGGAGUUGGACUCACAGUCGGAGCUGCCCUCGGGCCUGAGAUGGACAUUGGCCUGGGAGUCGGGGCUGCUGUUGGCACCGCUCUUGCACCAGACAUCGGCCCCACUGCUGGACUCGGCCUCAGCUCUGACCCUGGCUCGGACAUUGGCGUUGGCCUGGCGGUCGGAGCAGCCAGCAGCUCUGGCUUGGGUUCCGCACUGGGCUUCGCCGUGGGAGCCGCGCUCGGAGCGGGCACCUGCCCCGGCCUGGGGCCAGACAUCGGCGCUGACCCCGCUCUCGCUGACCCCAGCCUCGGACUGGGGUCCGGCCUCAGCCUUGGCCCUGGCGCCGCCCUCGGAGCCACCGUGGCCCCCCUGGGCCCCCCACUCGGCCUCGGCCUCGGCGUCCGCCUGGCGCCGGGGCUGGGGGUCCCCGAGACCCCCGGGGGGGGCACCGAGACCUGGACGCCGCCCUACACCCCCCGACAGGCCCCCCCCUUUGCCUUCGGGCCCCCGGAGCCCCCCGAGGCCACGGCCGAGAAGCUCCCGCCGAGCCCCGAGAGCCCCGGGGGGGUCUCCAGGGGGACCCCCGGUUCUCUGCUGACCCCCGAGACGUCGCCGCCGCCGCCGCCGUCCGCGACCCCCGCGGGGCCCGCCCUGCGCCGGCUGCUCCAGGGCUUGGCCGCCGCCGCCAUCGCCACCCGGGGGGGCCCCCGGCGCUCCUCGGGGGGGACUCCCGGCCCCCGGCUGGUCCCCCCGCCCCGGUCGCCCCGCGACCCCUUCUCUGAGUUGUAUCAACUCCCCCAGAGCCGCCUCCAGGACGCCUUCCGCAAAGCCGGAAGCCAGCGCGCCCCGUCGUUCUGAACUAAGUCUGUGACGCGACUUGCCCCCAGUAUGGCAUAUUGUCAUUGUCACCCCGGCCCGGAGCCAGCGCCCCCCGGCCCGGCCGCCCCCCGCCGCCCCCCCGGGGCCGCUCGUGCUAAUUUAACUCGUAACGAGUCUCUAAGGUAAUUGGGGGGGGGCUGGUGGCCCCCCCCUCCCCCAGCCCGGACGCUUGGGGACCGUCCCUCGUGUCCCCUCCCUCCCCCCUGUCCCUGCCCCCCCCCACGCCACGACCCAAAUUUGGGGAUUGUCCCUUGUCGCCAAAAUUUUUUUGGGUCGCUGGGUGGGGGCUUGGACCCACCUGUAGGAGCCUGUGGCCCCCCCUUGCCCCCCCCGAGUGUCCUUGUCCCUUGUCACCCACCUCGUCCCUGUCACCCCUCACCCCCCCACCUCGGGGUCUGCAUUUUUGGCAGAGUCGCCCCCAAAAUUGUGUCCCCUCCCGCCCCUGUGGGUGUCAUCCUCAAUGUCCCCAACGUGGGGGACCAAGGCACGAUGUGGCUUGAUGUCCCCAGUGUCCCCAGUGAUGUCCCCAACGUCCCCCCGAGCCAUGGGGCUGAGGCACAAUGUGGCUCGAUGUCCCCAGUGUCCCCAACCAGUGACCUGACGUCCUCGUUGUCCCCAACAUGGGGGACAUCAACACCGCUUCCCCCAAGCCAUUGGGCUGGGACAGGUCAUGGCUCGAUGUCCCCAAUGUCCCCAACAUCCCCCAAGGGACCGCGAGACAUCGUGGCCUGAUGUCCCCGACAUCCCCAACUUCCCCAACUUGAGGGACUGAGACACAUCGUGACUCAGUGUCCCCGAUGUCCCCAACGUCCCUGGUGUCCCCAAUGCCCCCGAUGUCCCCAAUGUCCCCAACGCCCCCACCCCGAGAAACGUCGCAGCGCGAUGUCACCGAGCCCAAGGCACCGAGACCCGGCACAACUCGAUGUCCCCAACGUCCCUGAGGGACACGGGCACCUCGUCACCGCUGUGACCCCUGGGACCGAGACGUCCCCAACGUGUCCCCAGUGGACGCCACCUGAAUGGACUGAGAUGACCCAGCCUGACGUCCCCAAUGUCCCCGAGGGACGUGGGCACCUCGUGACCGCCUCAGCUGGAGGGACCGAGACAACUCAUGGCUUGAUGUCCCCAAUGUCCCCAAGGGACGAGGGACUUGCUCAUCGUCACCCUGGAUCAAAGAGACUGAGACACCCAAUGUCCCCAACCCCACGGACUGAGACUUGUGACCUAACGUCCCCAGUGUCACCGAUGUCCCUGAAGGAUGUGGGACAUCGUCACCACCCCGGGUCAAAGGACUGAGACCCCCACGCCCUGAUGUCCCCAAUGUCACUGAUGUCCCCAAAGGAUGGAGGACAUUGUCAUCGUCCCAGCUCAAGGGACCGAGCCCCACCAUGUACCCCAAUGUCCCCACCAUGGGGGACUGGCCCCUGCUGUCCCCAACGUCCCCCACAUCCUCAGCCGAGGGACAGACAGGGGGUGGCCCCACAGCCCCCGUGUCCCCAAUGUCCCCAGUGUCCCCUGGAGGCCCUGUGGCCCUGACAAUAAAAGUGUCCCCCACGGUC